AUGAGGUCUAUUCCUACCGAUCCCAAGCGCACUUAUUCGCGUCAGAGUAACCUCUCCCAAUUUGCAUUCAUAACUCUCGAAAGCCUUCAGCAUGAUAGCGUAAUGCCUUCAUCCCUCGGCGCAAAAGAUAAACAUAACCCGAUAAACAACUUGGAGGAAUUGAAGUCGACCAUCUAUCCCCCUAACCCCUCAUACGACAUCUCCGAAAAGCCAUGGCUGCCCGGACGCCAAAAGCCCUACAUCCUCAUCAACGCCAAUCUCGUUGAUCCAAGAGCUGGAGCUGUUCACAAGGGGAUCAGUUUACACUUGGCUGGUGGCAACAUUAUCAGAGUGGCUCCUACCACGUCUCACGACUUGGCCGCCGAGUUUCUCUGUGCCGGACAAAAAGCGCAGAAGAUUGAUGCCAGCGAAUAUUUCAUCUGCCCGGGGCUCAUCGACUGUCAUGUACAUCUCAUGGCCGUACAUGGCAGCUCGACGUUGCAUGGAGCUUUCACCUUUCCACACGAAACAGCCAUCUUCAGAUCUGCUGGCACACUUCGGGGCAUCAUAUCCAAUGGCUUCACAUCAGUUCGUGAUACCGGUGGUGCAACCAUUGCUCACGCGCAGGCCACCGACGAGUUCCUUAUACCAGGACCACGCGUCUUUCAAGGUGGACGCAUGCUCUCACAGACAGGGGGUCACGGAGACGACACAGAAGUAUGGAAUGACUCGCACUGCUGCCGGAGCAAUGCAAUUGCCAGCUCUGCUCUCGGAAGACUCUGCGAUGGCGUCCCGGAGUGCCUGCAGGCUGCGCGAGAUAACAUGCGUAAAGGCGCCCAACACCUCAAAGUAUGUACAUCAGGCGGCAUUGCCUCCGCCACGGACAAGCUUGAGUCCUUGCAAUUCACGGUAGAGGAACUUCAGGCUAUCACGACAGUCAACAAGAAUAUGGGCGGUACACUAGUGACGGCCCACUGCUACACAGCCGAGGGUGUACGCCACGCCAUUGCGGGUGGUGUCCGCGGCAUUGAGCAUGGCAACAUGAUCGAUCCCGAGACUGCACAACUCAUGGUCGAGAAGGGUGUCUUCUUGACGCCAACGUUAGCUCUUCACACAUUUGUCACCAUGCCGCCGUACGACAAGUUUGAGACGCCGGAAGGGUUGCGCAAGAAUGCGAUUGUGGGAGAUGCGGGAAUACGAGGCAUUCGCUACGCCGAGGAUGCCGGUGUGACUGUGUGUUUCGGAACCGACACCACCGGACCCACGUUGGUGAUGCAGACGUACGAAUUUGUUGUGCGAUCCAAAAUACUACCAAGCCCGGUAGUCCUGCGGCAGGCGACUAUCAAUGGUGCCAAGCAAUUAGGUAUGGAGGGCAAGCUAGGGGAGCUUGUCGAGGGUGCCUUCGCCGAUUUGCUGUUUCUGAAUGAGAAUCCGUUGGAGGAUGUCUCUAGCUUGGACAGAAUCAACGAGAACCUGAUGCUGGUGAUGAAAGAUGGUCGCAUCGUCAAAAGCCAGAUUAGCCAUCUGCGUCCUGAGCGGAACUGCGAGUGGAACUGA